CUUGUACUUACAAGUCAUAUGUAUAAAUGGUCAAUAAAUCUAUUCACCAAUCAGAACCCCAUUUAUAGUCAGUCACACACCUCAAGAUCAUGACAAUAAUUUGGAUCACUUGAGGACAAUAAUAGAACAAAAUUAAGUUACUGUUAGUGGAUUGGAUGAAACUGAUUUGGAAUGUAGUUUUUAAUGUUACAGUGACAAACGUUCAGAUUCCAUAAUAUUGAGAGCUGGCAUAUGGACAGUCCUUGUUACCACAGAAGCCCUGCCCUGAUCUAAAUCAAUUUGGUUCAUAUAAUCACAUCAUCGUUCCUUCACAUAUAUUUCCCUUUAGUACUUCCAUCUGUGUCCUGUCCUCCUUAGCAGCCUUUUUGUGAAGUUUUUCAGUCAGAAUUUUGUAUGCAAUCUUCCUCUGUAUGCUCUACAGGCAUCACCUAUCUUAACAUCUUUGAUUGAAUCACUGUAAAGAUAUUAGGUGAAGAAAACAAUGAAGUUUCCUUAAUCCUCUGGAUUAAUUUCCCUCUACACACUUUAUUUGAGGUAUCCUCUGUUCUCUCAGAGUAGGGAAUUAGACUCAGUGAGUUCUGCUUGGAUCUUCUUACAUUUAAUACCUUUGCCCUGCCUUCUGAGCAUAAAGAUAUUUAUGCCCAAUAUUUUAUUUUUCCAUAUUUAUCUGAAAUCAGCUUUUUCCAUCAAUCGCUGUUGCUAGUUUAUGCAAAGAGGGCAAAUGGUUAAAGGCUUCAAAGGAAAGAAUGAGAAAUGUCUUUACUGUGUUUGCUAUUUAAAGUAAAAGUCCCAGGAAAAAUAUGAACCAGAUUGUAUGCAAAUCCAUUGAAGUUACAGGUAUUCCAUUAGUUUCAUUUAUUUAGAGUGAUAAUGCUUUUGUGACAUAUUUUUUAGGUAAGAUUUAUAUUUCCAUUUCUUCAUAUGAAACUCCAUUUUUGCCUCAGGUUGAUGCCAAGAUGAGGGAGCCUGUUUCAGAACAGGAUCAUAUACUGGAUCUACUCUUGUGAAGUGCACCUGGAUGGGCUGCAGUAUUCCGCUGUAUGUUGCAGUGCAGUUGUCAUAAGAACUGUAAUCUCUUUGUAGGAACAGACAGACCACAAGGAAUUUAGAAAGAACAGAACUAUGGAUGUGUGGAAACAUUUCAUUGUUAAUAACUAUAAUACUUAAUUUGUAUGGUUUGAGAAACUGAAGACAGAUUAAUAUGUGUUUCAGAUGGAUAUGCUUGCUUGUGGGGGACAUGUGACUUCAAAUCUGCAGAUUCUAGUGAGCUAAUGAGACAUGUCAAUUUCCAUUCCUAUCAAACCAAAUUAAAGAGCAUUGGAUCAAAUAUUUUGGCUCGUUCAAAGCUACCAGUUUGCACACUCCACAACACUGGGAGAAAUGUGGUACCAGACUUGUCACAUGCAUUUCAAUGCUGCUGGAACACCUGUGACCAAACAUUCAACAGCUCACAGACAUACUUCAAUCAUGUUGCGACACAUGUCAAUUGCAAACCACAUUGUAGAAAUAUGAAUGGAGGUAUUCCUUGCCACUGGCGUGGUUGCAAGUCCGUGGUUUACUCAGUUAGCAAACUGGCAGACCACGUUAGAAGACAUACACAUGAGAAACUUGUGGGUUGUCCAUCAUGUUGUGGGCUCUUUGCAAGCAGAACAAAGUUCUCUGACCACUGUAAGCGCCAGGCUCCUGUGGAAUUGCAUGGGCACCAGUGUCCACAUUGCUCCAAGUGUUAUCCAUCUCAGAAACUGUUGCGGGAACAUGCACGUGGUCAUAUGAACCAUUACAAAUGCCCCCAAUGUGGCAAGACUUGCUCAUCUUCAUCAGCCCUUCGUGUGCACAUUUGGUACAGACAUCUGGACAGCAAACCAUUCAAAUGCAGCUUUUGCGAACAUAGAUCUAAGACAUCCUAUGAUAUGAAACGGCAUUUGAAUACACACUGCUCUAGCCCACUUUACCAUUGUGAGGAGAAAGGUUGUGGUUUGCCAUUUCGCACUAUUAAUGGGUUUCGCAAGCAUUGUGACAAGUGCCACCUUGGAAAUAAUCAGCCACUGUACUGCUGCCACAUAUGUGACAGCCUGUUCCAGCGCACAUCCAAGCUUACACACCACCUCCAUGCUGAGCACGGCAUCUGCCGGCCAUCAGGGCAUUGCAGAUUUAGGUACAAGCAAGAUAAGGAUGGUUUCUUCCGGCUGCUGAUAGUGCAUCCUCAGGGUGUUCAAGGGACCCAGACGGUGGAGGAGUCAAAAUCUGGAGCCAUCCAGCCAUUGUGUGACAGUAUUUCCACAGUGUCAGAUGAUGACACAGGGGUAGGAGGGAGCAGGCUCCUCAUCUCAGCAGUGGAACUGGAUAGCAGUGGGAAUACUGAGGCCAGUGAAAAGAUGGAGACUGCUGAGUAACCUGCCUUGCCCACAAGAAGGGUCACUGUCCUUCAGGAAGGAAGUGAGAUAAAAUGAAUUGUUUCCUGUUAUUCUAGUCUGCAUAUUUCCUCGUUUCAAUAAGCAUUUAACAUUUUGUACAUGCUUGUGGAUAUUUUGCCUGUUUUACUAACAAAUUACUCUUGAUUCUCUCUAACAAAUAAUUACCUUUUGCUGCUUUGACCAAGAAGCAAACCACUUCUUCAGUAAACAAUUACUGCCACUGCAAAAGAGUCUUAAUUCAAAUACUACCUAACAUUUCUUAAGGCUGACAUCUCCUGUCUCCUCCCUCUGCUAGUUCAGAGAAGAAAAAUAUAUCCCUGUGAUUUUCUUCAAUGCCAUGUCCUAUUACCAUUGUUUUCAUUAGUCUCAGGCUGAUCACAUCAUUCAUCCAGAGUACAGGAGAAAUUUCCACACCAACUUACAAAAUGUUUAACCUGUAAAAAAACACAUUAUCAUGAUUUAGGGGAGGUGAUGAUAGAUGGGGUGUUGAAUGGUGACUCAAUUUAUUAUCUACUUAUACAGUCACAACUCAUGGCUACAAGUAAUUACAGCAUCACUGCUAAUCUCCACAAUUCACAAAUCACUGUUGCACACACCUUCUAAAUAUUU